AUGUCUCGACAUCAAAAGCCGUCGUCAUCAUAUAGAUCUGAUUGGUUUCAACGCCCAAGUUGUCUAAUGGGUAGUUUUCUAUGGGAUGACGAGUGUAAUAAUGUGUGUUACUCACAACGUCAUAAUGGUCGACCAUUAUCAGUGGUUUUAACAGAACCAUUUGAUCCAUUUGAACCUCAAGCGACAUCAUUUUUUGAUGAUAUUCCCUAUAUAGAAAGUGAUUUUGCAUCACUUAAUCAUCAUCAUCAUCAACAUCAUCAUCAACGAAGUCGUUCAUCUGGUCGAAGAUAUAAACGAGAGUGUUACAAUGUGCACUAUCCAAAUGUUAAUUUUCAUUCGUAUUGUUUUUCCCCACCACCACCACCACCGCCACCAUGUCGACCAAUAAGUCGUGCUCGUUCAAGAGAAAUACUUGUUGAAAAAAUAGAAACAGUAACGAUAGAAGAACAACAACGUCGACCACCGGCACCUUAUAUGGUUUCAUUUGUACGUACACCAUCACCAACUGUACGGCAACUUAAAAUACGCGCACGUCCUUCAUCCUGUUUCGAUUUACAUAAAGAAUCAACAGAUAUUCAUCAGCAACAAAAAGAAAAUCGAUGGUCAAAAGUUGUUGAUGAACAUCAUGAAGAACAUUUUCAAUAUAGUUAUAAUUAUAAUAAAACUCCAGAUCGUAUUGUUCCAAUUGAACGUGAACAACCACCUCCACCACCAAGAGUUAUUCUUCAGGAUGCAACAACAUCAACUGAAGAUCUUUACAUACCACCACCACCACUUCCACCAAAACAAGUUCGUCCUGAAACAAGAGAAACUGGUACAACAACAGCUGGUUUACCUAGACGACCAUUAUGUGUUACCGGUACAUCAACAAAACCAUGCAAUUCUUUUAAUUAUUAUACUGCUGCUGAUCGUCAACGUGAAAAAAAUCGUGUUAUUGUUCGACCAACAUCAAAACCACGUGAAAUUCUUGUUGAUACAUCUGGAAUAUUUGGUUGUCCAGGUCAAUUUUCUGAGCCAACAACACCACAAAUUAUUGAAAAUGGUUCUACAACAAAAACCCGAUCACCUUUUCAACCACCUGAUUUUAUUUAA